AUGCUAGAUGGAGUACUGUCUAAAUUCUUCGACAUUGAGCAGGGGGUCCCACAAGGUUACACGCUGUCCCCAACAUUGUUCCAGGUGUUCAUCAACGAUCUGUUGGAAGUCGUAGAGGCAGUCCGGAAGGGAGUAAAAGUAGGGGACACGGAAACGUCGGUUUCAGGAAUGCUGUUUGCGGAUGAUUUUGUCGGUAUGUCGGACACCCCUGAGGGACUGCAACUGCAAAUUGACGCGGCGAAGAAGUUUACUGAUAAGUGGAGAUUGUCUGCCAACGUUCAGAAGAGUGCCGUCAUGGUUUGCAACGAGAACAAGGAGGAACCAGUAGAACAUAGAUGGAAGUGGGGGAUCGAGGAGAUUGCAGUAGUGGACCAGUACACAUACCUCGGAGUAGAGAUCGCAAAAGACUGCUCGUGGAAUGCACACAUGUCCAAGGUAGCGGAAAAGGGCAAAGCACGAGCAGGGAAGCUGCACCCAAUACUCGCAAACCGGCACCUCGAUACACGCAUCAAUUUGACGGUUUUGAAGAGCGUAAUUGUACCGCCGCUAGAGUACACCAGAGAAGCAUGGGAAGGAAAUAAGAAGGUAGUGAAAGAACUCGAGGCGGCGCAGAUGAAAGCAGCGAAAAUCAUCCUAGGAUGCUCCACGCGCACAAGUAAUGCAGCCGUGAGGGCAGAAUUGGGGAUCCAAUCCCUACGGUCGGGAAGAGACGCGAGGAAGCUGACCUGGCAGUAUCGCAUGUGCGGGAUGGGAGAGGAGAGGUUGCCGAGGAUUGUAUGGGAGGCGAAGUGGGCAAACAAAAAGAGGGGUAGACAACCCACGGAAUGGGUCAAGGUUGUAGAGGACGUAUGGAAGGGGCUCGACAUCGACGAAGAUGAAACGCUGGAAACGGAGGGUCUACAGGGGUUCAAGGAGAAGAUAUCUGUUGCUUGUGCCGAGAGAGGAGAAAAGAAAUCUGAGGAAAGAACAAAGCUUAAGGCCAAUUACAGCGCGCUGCACAGCGUGCCGCUCUACAUGAACCAGGUCAACUCGGCCAUCCUCCGCAUUGUCGCCGGAAACGAUGCACUGAGCAUCACCACUUCCAUGCACCCACUUCCACGCACCAGGUACCAGAACAAUUUCGACUCCGGAGUGGACUCGUUCAACGUGACCUUCUACAUACUUAUCGCCUUCAGCUUCGUGCCCGCGGCAUGGAUGGCCUACAUCGUCCGCGAGAAGGAGACCAAGUGCAAGCACCAGCAGGUGGUGUCCGGUGUGGGUCUGGAGGCGUACUGGCUGUCCUCCUACCUGUGGGACUUCGUGUCCCUCAUGCCCCCGAUGGCCUUUACCCUCAUCAUUCUAGCCGCCGCUGACGUGGGCACCCUCAUCUCCGGAGAGGCAGGGGCCACCACCUUCCUGCUCUUCCUGCUGUACGGCACCAGCAUGCCGUGCUACACCUACCUGUGGAGCUUCGCGUUCAAGAACUACUCGACCGCCCAGAAUGCCUUCCUGUUUCACAAUUGGAUCACCGGACUCAUUCUGCCGAUCGCGACGUCUAUCAUGGCUUUCUUCGACGGCAAGGUGUCGGACGUUGGCGACGGAAUCGCGACCCUGGCCCGGCUCGUCCCGCAGUACGCCCUCGGGAGUGGGUUGAUGAAGAUGAGUUUUAUUCCCAUCUUAAGCUUCUUCAAUGAUACGGAGUACACGCCGCUGGACGGCGCUAUUGCCGGGAACAGCCUGAGAUACAUGGGUGUCUGCAGCGUGGUGUACUUCGUGCUGCUGCUCGUUUUCGAGAGGAUUUCCGCUGGCGGUUCUUUCCUCUCCGGCAUCUAUGGCAAGCUGGUCCUGGGCAGGAGCCUGAAGAAACUGACGCCCAAACAGCUCGGGGACGAGGACAACAUCGACGAGGACGUCAGGGCGGAGAUGGACAGGGUGGCUACCGGCGCAGCCGACAACGACGUUGUCAAGGUUGCCGGUCUGCGGAAGGUAUACCCUGUGAGCAACGGCGCCAAGGUUGCCGUGAAGAGCACGUCCUUGGGCAUCCCGCGCGGGGAGUGCUUCGGCCUGCUCGGCAUCAACGGGGCAGGGAAGAGCUCCACUCUCGCGAUCCUCUCAGGUGAGCUUCCACCUACAACCGGAUCGGCCCUCCUCGGUGGCUUUGACGUGGGCAAGAAUCCUGAGGAGAUCCAUCGCCUCGUGGGGUACUGCCCGCAGUUCGACGCUCUGUUCGAGACGCUCACGGGCAGGGAGCACCUCGCUCUAUACGCGGCGAUCAAGGGUAUCCCGGCGGACAAGCGGUCUGCUGCAGUGAACCAGAAGAUCGAGGAGAUGGGGUUGACGCGCUACGCGGAAAGGCCGGCCGGCGGGUACAGCGGCGGUAACAAGCGCAAGCUUUCGGUUGCCAUGGCCAUGAUCGGGGACCCACAGGUGGGCAACAAGAAUCGCGAGACUUCGGAAGCCAAAGACGACGGUAGCAGUACGGUGGUUGCUGAGCUGCGAGAGCUACCACGACUAUCGAUCGUGUUCUUGGACGAGCCGAGCACGGGGAUGGACCCCAUGGCGAGGCGUUUCAUGUGGAACGUCAUCAUGCGGAUAGUCACGGAGAACAAGGAGUGCGCGAUGAUCCUCACCACGCACAGCAUGGAAGAGUGCGAGGCUCUCUGCCAGCGCAUCGGCAUCAUGGUCGGCGGGCGCCUCCGGUGCCUCGGCACUUCGCAGCACCUCAAGACACGCUUCGGCAAGGGCUUCCAGCUGGAGGCGCGCGUCAAAGCCAUCCUACCCGAGGAGACCGACGCCAUGAUGACCGAGCUGGCGUCGGCCACGAACGGGCAGGGCACCCUCGGAAACGACGGUGGCGUGCUUCGGGCGGCCCUCGCCGCCGCGCAGGCCCCCGAGCUAGAGGCGGAGGUCUCUCCCACCGGCCGCGGGGCGAGCAUCUACCACGCCAUCGCUAACCAGGGCGGGGUGCCCGUGAGGGACCUGGCGGCUUGGAUCUGCGUGGAGAAGAAGUGCUCUAAGGUUAUCGCCUUUAUGCAGCAACAGUUCGCGGGAGCAGUGAUGCGGGAGAAGCAGAACGCCAAGAUGCGCUUCGAAUUUCCGCCGCAGAAGAACCAGACCCUCGCGCAAAUGUUCGGCGUUGUCGAGGUGUUCAACGGCUUCGCCGCACAGCAAGAGGAAGAGCUCGGGCACGCCGCGGGCACCAUGUACCUUCGGGUGUCGAGGGAAGGCCGCGAGCGGAGCAGAUAACACACAUGAGCUAGGAAUCAGUGCUUGCUGCCGCACAUGGUGAUCUACGAAGCGCGGCCAGCCCACCAGCAUGUACGGACGCCCUUCAGUACAGCGGCGCUAGCAACGCCGCGGCCGCCGCGAUGACCUGGGUACAAUCACAACAAUCAUGCCUUCUUCCCGCUA